AUGGGUUUUUUUAGACCAUUAUACCUCCUGCUCUGGAAAAACAUCACAUAUCGCAGACGGAACAAGAUCCAGCUGAUCAUCGAGAUUUUAUGGCCGCUCUUCCUCUUUUUAAUCCUCAUCUCUGUCCGUUCGUCAAACCCUCCUUACAAACAAGGACAAUGUCACUUCCCAAACAAAGCCCUGCCAUCAGUAGGCACCCUGCCCUGGAUUCAGAGCAUCGUCUGCAACAUCAACAAUCCCUGUUUCCACGAACAAAUGCCGGGAGAAACACCGGGACAAGUUGGCAACUUUGACAACUCCUUAUUGUCUCGUAUUUUCUUGGAUGCUCAGUCUCUUCUAUCCUACAGUGGAAACCAGAGUUUCUCUUCCAUUCAGGACCUGAUGCAGAGUGUUAAACUGCUGGAAGAAAGACUCAGAUUAUUACCAACUCUUCAAGUUAAAGAAUGCCUGAGACCCAAUGAGACUUUCUCCAACUUUCUCUUGACCAACUGCAGCCUGUCGUCUUCAACCGUGGACCAGCUGAUGAAUGCUCAUCUGAAUACUCAGGCCGUAUUGGCAGGAGUCCGGAUUCCACUAAAAGUCUUGGUGUGCAACACAAGUAUGUUGGAACAGCUUCUGAUAGUGGACAGAGGAGCAACCAACAUGACAGUUCUUCAUACUGAGCUGUGUGAGCUACCAGCUGAUGUCCUGCAGGAGGUUGAGCGUCAUUUUUUCUCUCAGCUUGACCUGACCAAACUCCUCACGAGAAAUCUUCUGCUGACCAACACUGAAGAGCUCAGGGCCAUCACUCAGGCUGUCACCUCAGUUUCCGAGGCGCUCUCUGUAAUCAUAAAUGAUUUUUCCUCCCUCUCCAGUUUUGCAGAGUUCAAUGCAGCUCUAAGUGUUCUGUCUUCUGAAGAUAGCAGAGCGACGCCCAGAGAAAGUUUUAGAGUAUUUUCCAGGAUCAUGUGCGGUCACUCUGAGAACAGAGGCGAGCGCAUCCCCUCGCUCAACUGGUAUGAAGAAGACACCAUCAAGUCUUUCUUAGGCAGAGACGGCACCGAGGAUGUGCAGUUGGACAAUGACAACAACACAACUCCUUUUUGUAGAAAUCUGAUCCAAACUCUGGAGUCCAACCCUCUGUCUCGCAUUGUGUGGCGAGGAAUCAAACCGCUGUUCAAAGGAAAACUGCUGUACACGCCAGACACUCCUGUGGUACGACAAGUCAUGAAGGAGUUGAACAGGACAUUUGAAGACCUGCAGAUUCUUCAGGAUCUUCAUGACACUUGGUUGGAGGUGGGACCACAAAUCAAGAACUUCAUGGAGACCAAUGUGGAGCUCAAACUGCUGCAGGAUAUGUUGAGGCGUCCAGAGAUUGCAGUUCUGAUUAAUAUGCGUUUGGAAAACACAACCUGGACGGCCUCACAGAUUGCUCGUUUCCUAUCAACACCCUCGCCAGACAACACGAGUCGGCCGGGAGCCUCACCUACGUGGAAGGAUGUCUACGACAACAUUGGAAACAUUAUCACCAUUCUGUCACAUGUCACCAAGUGCUUCAAUCUGGACAAACUGGAGGGGAUGGAGACGGAGGAUCAGCUGAUCAAUCGAGCGCUGGAGCUGCUGGAAGACCGACAGUUCUGGGCUGGUGUGGUUUUCCAGCUUCCCAACACAUCCUCAUCAGAGCUUCCUCCCUAUGUUACCUACAAGAUCCGGAUGGACAUUGACGAUGUGACUCGGACCAACAAGCUCAAGGACAAGUUUUGGGAUCCGGGUCCAUCUGCAGACCCAUUCAAUGACAUGCGCUACGUUUGGGGCGGGUUCGUUUAUGUUCAGGACCUGGUGGAGAAAGCUGUGAACUACGUGCUAACUGGGGUUAAACAGACCACCGGUAUCUACAUCCAGCAGAUGCCUUACCCGUGUUAUGUGGACGAUAUUUUUCUUCGCAUGCUGAACCGCUCCAUGCCUCUCUUCAUGAUUUUGGCCUGGAUUUACUCGGUGGCCAUGAUCAUCAAAGGUGUGGUUUAUGAGAAGGAGAUGAGGCUGAAGGAAACCAUGAGGAUCAUGGGGCUCGGUACAGGAACACUGUGGCUCAGCUGGUUCAUCAGCAGCUUAGUUCCUUUCUUGAUUUCUGCCACCCUUCUUAUCGGUCUGCUUCAGUGGGGUGAUAUAUUACCAUACAGCAACCCAGUUGUUGUCUUCUUCUUCCUCUUGGCAUUUGCCACCGCCACCAUCAUGCAGUGUUUCCUCAUCAGUACCUUCUUCUCGAAGGCCAACCUGGCUGCUGCCUGCGGAGGCCUCAUUUACUUCAGCCUCUAUCUGCCUUAUGUGCUGUGUGGCGCCUGGAGAGACUACCUCAAUUCAACACACAGAAUCUUAGCAAGUUUCCUGUCUCCUGUGGCCUUUGGUUUUGGGUGUGAGUAUUUCGCUAAGUAUGAGGAGCAAGGCAUUGGUAUGCAGUGGUUCAACCUGCGGCUCAGCCCCGAGGAGGGAGACGCCUGUAGCUUCGCCACCUCUAUAAUCAUGCUUUAUGUGGAUGCCUUCAUCUACGCUGUUGCAGCCUGGUACAUCGAAGCAGUUUUUCCUGGUGAAUAUGGGAUCCCUAAACCCUGGUACUUCAUCUUCCAAAUCAACUAUUGGGGUGGAGUCCCUCUGGAGGCGGGCAUGCCAAUCCCACAGGCACCCACAGACCAAAAUGAAGACCACAUUGAACCAGAGCCCACUAGUCUGAACCUCGGUGUGAACAUCAGAAAUUUGGUGAAAAUCUACAAGAAAGGGGGGAAACUUGCCGUCAACUAUCUUAAUCUGAAGUUUUACGAGGGCCAGAUCACCUCUUUCCUCGGACACAAUGGGGCCGGCAAAACCACCACCAUAUCCGUCCUGACUGGCCUCUUCCCUCCAACCUCUGGGACCGUGUACAUCAAGGGCAUGGACAUCCGCUAUGAUAUGGACAUCAUCAGAAGGACACUGGGGGUUUGUCCACAGCACAAUGUCCUGUUUGACAUGCUCACAGUGGAGGAGCAUGUGUGGUUCUAUGGAUGCCUGAAGGGCUUGUCUGAAGCAAAGGUGAAGGCUGAACUUGGCACUUUGCUUGAGGACGUGGACCUAUUACACAAACGGCACGAACUGACCAAAAACCUCUCUGGUGGCAUGCAGAGAAAGCUGUCUGUGGCGAUAGCGUUUGUUGGGGGCUCAAAAGUAGUUGUUCUGGAUGAACCCACUGCCGGUGUCGACCCUUACUCCCGCAGAGGGAUCUGGGAUCUGUUGCUUAAGUACCGUCAAGAUCGAACCAUCAUCCUGUCUACUCACUACAUGGAUGAGGCGGAGCUGUUAGGUGACCGGAUCGCCAUCAUCUCUAAAGGAAAGCUGCGCUGCUGCGGAUCCCCACUCUUCCUGAAAUCUCGACUGGGAUCCGGUUACUACCUGACUGUGGUAAAGAAGGAGGAACUGAGUACCAGCACUCCCAGUAGUUCCAGUAUCUGCACCAGCAUCAGCACCAACAGGCUGCCUCCUUUAGUUAAGGACAGUGAGUCAUCUCUGAGUGAAGACACUGGUCUGGGAAGUGAAGACAAUAGCUCCUACCUGGCAGCUUUGCUCUCUCUGGUGCAGCAACACAUCCCAGAUGGGAAGUUAGUGGAGGAAUCUAAGAGAGAAGCAGUGAUCAACCUGCCACAAACAGCUGCCAAAGAUGGCAGCCUGGCUAUCUUCCUGUCAAAACUGGACCAGAAGCUUCCUGAGCUGGGCAUCAGCAGUUAUGGGCUGUCAGACAGCGCACUGGAGGAGAUCUUUCUGCGAGUGGCGGAGGAAACUGGCGUUGACGCUGAUCCAGAGCAGCCAACAGAACCCCCCCACAGCUCACAGCCGUCCGUGCAACAAGCCGAGGAACAAACAGCUGAAGAUCCAGAGACAGAGAGGAAAAGACACAGAAAAAAAGAGCAUCAGGAGACAGACCUGCUGAGUGGAGAUGGUCUUGGUGGGGUGGUUCUGACGGGGUGGCGGCUGUUUUGGCAGCAGUUCAAAGCUCUUUUCAUCAAGCGCUGGCUUUAUGCUCGAAGGAGCCACAGAGGCAUCUUUGCUCAGAUUGUACUGCCAGCGUUGUUUGUGCUGAUCGCGCUCCUCUUCACCCUCCUUGUUCCUCCGUUUGGGAAGUACCCAUCGCUCGAGCUGCAGCCCUGGAUGUAUGGAGAACAGUACACCUUCUUCAGCAAUGAUGCUCCUGGGAACCUGGUCAUAGAGAACCUGCUGGAAGCUUUACUGGACCAGCCCGGUUUUGGGACCAAGUGCAUGGAAAAGGAGGACAACAGCAUAAGUCCUGAGUGUGAAAGUGAGAGGGGGGGGCAGUUCAUGAGGCCACAUGUGCCUUUCUCCACCUGGAAGAUGUUCAGCAGAGGGAACUGGAGCAGAAACAGACCCUCACCAGACUGUCAGUGCAGCACAGAGGACAUCCGCCGGAUGCUUCCUGAAUGUCCCGAGGGCGCCGGUGGACUUCCUCCUCCACAGAUUAAGAGACUGACAGGUGACAUCCUCCAAAAUCUGACCAGUUAUAACAUCUCUGAUUACCUGGUGAAGACCUACUCUCAAAUCCUCAAGAAAAGUUUUAAUACCAAGAAGUGGGUGAAUGAAUUCAGAUACGGAGGCUUUUCCCUCGGAGGUAACGCCACCCACAGCGUAUCCAGGGUGCAAGACCUCCAAGACUCCGUCAGGGCAAUCAGGACACAUUACCAAGUGGAACAGAACAGUUCAGUGGAUCUCCUGUUGAAAAAGCUGCCUGAGUUCUUGGGAGAAAUGCACAGUGAAAACAGUGUCAAGGUGUGGUACAACAACAAAGGUUGGCACGCCAUGGUGUCUUUUCUCAACGUGAUGAAUAAUGGCCUGCUGAGAGCAAGCCUGCCGCCAGGACCAGAGAGGAGGAGACACGGCAUCACCGUUUAUAAUCACCCUCUCAACCUCAGCAAGGAGCAACUCACCGAAUUAGCCAUGAUGACCACAUCAGUGGAUGUAGUGGUGUCCAUCUGUGUGAUCUUUGCCAUGUCCUUCGUGCCGGCCAGCUUUGUCCUGUUUCUGAUCGAGGAGCGAGUCAGCAAGGCCAAACAUCUUCAGUUUGUCAGCGGGGUCAAACCAGUCCUUUACUGGCUGGCCAAUUACACCUGGGACAUGUUGAACUACACCGUCCCGGCCAUAAUAGUGUUGUUGAUCUUCAUCGGUUUUCAGCAGCAGGCAUACGUCUCUGAAACCAACCUGCCUGCUCUCGUCCUCCUCCUCUUACUUUACGGGUGGUCCAUCACUCCUCUGAUGUACCCAGCAUGCUUUGUUUUUUCCAUCCCAAGCACAGCUUAUGUGUUUCUAACCUGCAUCAACCUCUUCAUCGGGAUCAACGGAAGCAUCGCCACCUUCGUGCUGGAAAUGUUUUUAGAUGAGACUCUGAAUGAAAUCAACGACAUCUUGAAGAUAGUGUUUUUGAUUUUCCCACACUUCUGCUUGGGACGAGGACUCAUCGACAUGGCUAAAAAUCAGGCGAUGGCAGACGCCUUCCAGAGAAUGGGAACCAAGCCAAAUCUCAACCCGUUUCGGUGGGACUUUUUGGGGAAGAACCUGUUUGCGAUGGCCGUUGAAGGUCUCGUCUUUUUCAUCUUCACCUUACUGCUGCAGUACAAGUUCUUCAUUUACUUCAGGCCGUGGUGGAGCGUUCCCCAGCUGCCUCCUCUUGCUCCAGAAGAUGAGGAUGUAGGAAGGGAACGAGAACGGGUGAAAAGCGGCAAAGCUCAGUCCGACAUCCUCACCAUGAUAGACCUGAGCAAGGUUUAUAGAUUAGGCAGAAAGCCAGCAGUCGACCGUCUCUGCCUUGGGAUUCCCCGCAGUGAGUGUUUUGGUCUGCUUGGGGUGAACGGAGCAGGGAAGACGUCUACGUUUCGCAUGCUGACUGGAGAUACACCCAUCACAUAUGGGGAGGCUUUCCUCAACCAUCACAGCGUGCUGAGAGAGAUGGAGCGAGUCCACCAGCUGAUGGGUUACUGUCCACAGUUUGAUGCCAUCAGCGACCUGCUGACGGGCCAGGAGCAUCUGGAGCUGUACGCUCGUCUGCGGGGGGUGCCAGAGGAGGCUGUCACCAAGGUGGUGCAGUGGGGGGUGAAAAAGCUAGGGCUGACACAGUACGCCAACCAAAAGGCUGGAGGGUACAGUGGCGGCAACAAGAGGAAACUCUCCACAGCGAUCUCCCUCAUUGGGUCGCCACCUGUUAUAUUCCUGGAUGAGCCCACCACUGGGAUGGACCCAAAAGCCAAAAGAUUUUUGUGGAACUGUAUCCUCAGCAUCACAAAAGAGGGACGAGCAGUUGUACUCACCUCUCACAGCAUGGAGGAGUGUGAGGCCCUCUGCACCAGGAUGGCCAUCAUGGUCAACGGCAGGUUUCAGUGUCUUGGAUCUGUGCAACACCUGAAGAACAGGUUUGGCGAUGGAUAUACCAUCAUCCUCCGUUUGAUGGACAACAAAUCUGUCCUGGACUCCUGUCCCGUCGACGCCUACAUGAGGACGUCUUUCCCCAGCAUCGAGCUGAAGGAGAAGCAUCAGAGCAUCCUGCAGUACCAGCUGGCCUCACAUACCUGCUCCCUCGCUCAUGUCUUUGAAGUGCUGGCCAACAACCAUGAGGAGCUCGGCAUCAUAGACUUCUCUGUCUCACAGACCACUCUGGACCAGGUAUUUAUCAGCUUUGCGAAGGAGCAGACUGAUGACGACUGUCUCACAGAUGUGGUCAUCAGCAACGGAGCAGCCCAAGUAAACUUCAUUCCCCAGAUUAACCCUCCCGUAAUCCAGCCACAAACACUGAUCACACCUCAGCUGAAGAAAUCACAGCAGAUUCCUGCUAAAUCACCUGACGCCAAACCAAAAGCAGCUAAACAGAAAAAGACAAAGGUCAGCAAGGUCGAGUCUGAUGGAAACACAAACAGCAGUGUGCCUAUGAGCCAAAUCCCUCAGAUUGAGAAGACCCAAGAGGCGAGCAGCAGUAACAGUGGACUUCAGAGGAAAUCCAGUAAACGCCGAAGCUCCAAACCCAAAAAGGAGAGCUCCAACAAAGAUCCCUCUGCACUCUUCAUAGUCGGCACCACCUCUCAGGACAGCUCUCUGUGAAGCAGACUGGUGCUCCACAGGCGGACCAAAGACACAGAAGCUUGUGAUUUCUCUAUUAAUUUGUUUAUUUGAACUCUGCAGGGUUCGCAGUAACAUGACACAACCA